AGACGUGGGGAGCUGUUGUUGCAGUUUGGUUUGGUUUGUCUGACGUUAUAUUAAGGUGGGGAGAAAUAGAAGAAGAGGGCGAGGGGCAGGCCGAACAAGAGCUUGUCUGAGCUGCGUGCGAGGAAAUGAUGACAGCUUAACCUGCGUUACGGCAUUGUCUUUGAUUUCCGCAUUCUCGGUUUGAAAGCUGAAGGCUUGCUUUGGGGAUUUGAUUCCCGGGGCCAGAUUUGAAGGAAAGCUUGGAUCUUGGCUGCAAUGGCGCCGUCUUUCGAUUGGUGGGUGAAGGAGAUAUAUAGAGGCACGCCUGUGAUCGUGAAGAUGGAGAACCCCAACUGGUCGAUCUCGGAGCUCUCUUCGCCGGAAGACGACGAGUUCGCCGAAGCGCGGAAGGGUGGGAAAGGGAAGAACGCGAAGCAGAUCACUUGGGUUCUCCUCCUCAAAGCCCACCGUGCAGCCGGCUGUCUCACCUACUUAGCAUCGGCCACCGCCCGCCUUUCUGCCGCCGUCCGCCGCCGCAUCGCUGCCGGACGAAUGGACUCCGACUCUGGCGAGAGUCCAACUCUUCCCCGUCGCUUCUACACAUGCAUCAAAAUCUUCCUUUGGCUUUCCAUCAUCCUCCUGGCUUUCGAGAUCGCCGCUUACCUCAUAGGCUGGCACGUCUCACCCCCUAACCUCCAUGGCUUCAAGUUUCCCUCCUCCUUUGGCGUUCGCAGCCUCUUCGGCUCCAUUUACGCAAGCUGGCUUAGCUUCCGCAUGACGUACAUUGCUCCGCUUCUGCAGUUCCUUGCAAACGCUUGUGUCGUCCUUUUCCUGGUUCAGAGCGCCGAUCGUUUUAUUCUCUGCGUUGGUUGCUUCUGGAUCCGUUUCAAGAGGAUCAAACCAGUUGCAAAAGCUAUUGCCGAUGAUUUGGAAGGCGGCAAGUACUCCCCCAUGGUCCUCAUCCAGAUGCCCAUGUGCAAUGAGAAAGAGGUUUACCAGCAAUCCAUUGCUGCUGUUUGCAAUUUGGACUGGCCGAAGUCAAAUUUGCUCAUCCAGGUUUUGGAUGAUUCUGAUGAUCCCACAACACAGGCUCUCAUCAGGGAGGAGGUUAAAAAGUGGGAGCAAUCUGGUGUUCAAAUCAUCUACCGGCAUCGCAUUAUUAGAGAUGGAUACAAAGCUGGAAAUUUGAAGUCAGCCAUGCAUUGUAGUUAUGUAAAAGAAUACGAAUUCGUUGCUAUUUUUGAUGCAGAUUUUCAGCCCACACCGGACUUCUUGAAGCUAACAGUGCCCCAUUUCAAGGGGAAUGAAGAGUUAGCUUUAGUUCAAGCAAGGUGGUCUUUUAUCAACAAAGAUGAGAACUUGCUGACCAGGCUUCAAAACAUCAAUCUUUGUUUCCACUUUGAGGUGGAACAGCAGGUUAAUGGUGUUUUCAUCAACUUUUUUGGGUUCAACGGGACUGCUGGCGUUUGGAGAAUUAAGGCAUUGGAGGAUUCUGGAGGGUGGCUGGAGCGGACCACAGUUGAGGACAUGGACAUUGCAGUUCGAGCACAUCUCAAGGGUUGGAAGUUCAUCUUCUUGAAUGAUGUGGAGUGCCAAUGUGAACUGCCAGAAUCCUAUGAGGCCUACAGGAAGCAGCAGCAUAGGUGGCAUUCUGGCCCAAUGCAGUUGUUCAGACUUUGUUUGCCAGACAUUAUCCGAUCCAAGAUUGCAUUCUGGAAGAAGGCCAACCUUAUAUUUUUGUUCUUUCUUCUUCGCAAACUCAUCUUGCCAUUCUAUUCAUUCACUCUUUUCUGCAUCAUCCUCCCCAUGACAAUGUUUGUCCCUGAAGCUGAACUCCCAGCCUGGGUAGUUUGCUACAUCCCAGCUACAAUGUCAUUCCUGAACAUCCUUCCUUCACCACGAUCAUUCCCUUUCAUUGUCCCCUACCUUUUAUUUGAGAACACAAUGUCAGUAACCAAGUUCAAUGCCAUGAUCUCCGGCUUAUUCAAACUUGGCAGUGCCUAUGAAUGGGUUGUUACGAAGAAAUCCGGUCGAUCUUCAGAAGGCGACCUCCUAUCUCUGUCUGAACUUAAACACCGGCGAGGUGGUUCAGCUCCUGAACUCAACUACAUCACAAAAGAACUAGCAACUCUUCCAAAGAAAGAACCAAAAAAGAAGCACAACAGAAUAUAUCGAAAAGAGCUCACACUUGCCUUCCUUCUUCUAACUGCUGCUGCUCGCAGCUUGCUCUCUGCUCAGGGCUUGCACUUUUACUUCUUGUUGUUUCAAGGUAUCUCAUUUUUGUUGGUUGGACUUGACUUAAUCGGUGAGCAGAUCGAGUAGACUCAAUGGGAGGUGUUUAGCAAUGAAGGUGCUUUGCAACAAUGGCAGGAUUCAAAUGUAUCUAUGCCUUUCCCCGAAGGUUAAAGGGUGAAUGAAGAUAGAACUCCUUUUGUUUGGAAGUGUAGAUACAGCAAUCUCAGCUCUGUUAGAUGCUUUAGAUUCUUUCAGGUCUUCUAUUCUUUUGCAAAAAAAAUUUGUUGUUCACUUAGUAGUUUUAGUACAGUUUACAGAAUCUACCUUUAUAUGAAGGCAAGUUUAAAUGUUCUAGAAUUAUGAUAUUGCUUGCUAGUUUUUUAAUAAAAAAUAGAAUUGAUACACUAUAUGUGACCAUUUGGAAAAGUUGUAUGCUUCAACAAGAUGGCUAGAUAAAAUCACUGUGAAAGACGAAUCAAAACGAGCCACAUAACUAUUGAGAUUGUUGUUCUGCUAAUGAAAAAAAAUGAAUUAGUUCAUUUGAAAAGAAAACAACUGUUGCUUCUCUCUCAAUUUCGAAUAGUAUCUAUUAAUGGAGAAAUCAUUCUGUGCAAUUAUCGAACCGUUCAGAGGCGAAUCAUAAUGCAACAGAUCACCCGAUACCGAGUGGUACACAGCAGCGGUACAUAGCAAAAAAAUGACGUGACGUAUUCUCAUUUGCCUUUAAACGCCGUUCGAUGACUGCACAAAAUAAUUUUUCUUAUUAACAAUGACAAAAUGUGCAUACCCAUUGUUUGCCUCUCAUUAUUAGUCCCCAUGCAGUGCUGGGCUGUGGAGCUGGCAGGAUAAGGAUUUUCAGUACACUGCAACCAGAAAAUUGAUAUUUAUGCCACAUUGCUAUUUAAUGAAUGCAGAAAUAAAAAGCUUAUUUAUUCUUUACAAACUUAUUACAAUAUCUAAAAUCCAGGGAACAUUUUUAUUUAUUUAUUUGCUAUUCUUUUGCUUCGAUGACAACAAAUCAUUGUUGUCAUGUGGGAAAAUAUUCUAUCCCUUUCAUCAAAUGUGUCAUGAGAUCGUGUUGUGGCUCGUUGGUUGACGGUUCCUCCAAGCAAUCCCGUGUUCGAAUCUCCUAAUUUGGCCGGAAAAAAAAAUAAAAUGUAUCAUUGUCUUCUCUAUGUUGAAGCACUUGAAUGUGAAUGAUUACCAAAUAUUCUCUCUUUAAGUAAACUCUUUCUAAUCAUUCUUCCCUUCAUUAACUAAGGAACCCAUGCAAGAUCACUGUAUUAAGGGGCUUUAAACAAUGAGAUAAGAAUUUUCUGAUUUAACAUACAAACAUUGUGGCAGCAACAUCAAAUAGUAAUCUUGCAUAGUUCUACAUCACAUAUGAUAUGAUAUAUAGGAUAUCUCUUUAUAAAUUUGGUACGACUACGGCUUCAUUUGGGACGGUUUUCUUAUUGCUUCUUAAAGCAGCUUUUUAGUACAAAAAUUUAGAAAGCUGCUUUAAGAAGCAGUAAGAAACUCGUCCCAAAUGAAGCUUGAAAUAAGCACAAGCUGUAUUUAUAAAUAAUAUGAUUGAGUUAAAUUAUUUGCCUAUCAAACUAUAAUACACAAGCAGGGAGGAAGGUUGGAAGAAGCAAUUAUACAUUAAUAGGUGACAGACUGAGCUUUGUUUUCAUUUACUGACAUAUCUAUUAAAGAGAUAUGUGCAGAUGAUAAUGCUUUACAUUGCACAACUUUUUGCUCAAAUAAAAGUCAUAAAUCUGUCAUUUUUAUGAGAAAAAAAGCAAUAGAAAAGCAUUAUCAAGCAAGGCAUUAACCAGAAGAACCAGAAC